UGUUUUCUUCUUAUGAGACACUAUUUUUCAGGAAAUAUGGUAGCGUGGACCAUAAACCUGCACUAGGAUUCCACAUCACCGUACCACGUCAUCAAUUGCAUCUGCACUACCCCAUUACUCCAUUCAAAGAAUUUGUAUACAUAAAUUGAAGGAAGAACGAGGACAGAGUCAAUUGCUUGUGUAGCAAGUGUGUGUGAAUGAGAGCAACAAUACAAAAUUUGAGCCAUAUCUUAUGGUUUCUUCCACAAGAAUUGAGAUUUUUCAUCUGGGUUGGUUCAUUCUUGGGGGGGGGGGGCCAAGAAAGUGAAAGAAAAUUCAAAAACACUCUUUGGGGUAUUGAACUGUGAUUUUGUGAAUGCGUUUCAUAUGCAAUAAUAUAUAGCAAGUCAACAUGGCCAUGUUGAACAAUUCUAAUCCCACCACACAAUCACAGAGCAUCCAAAUCCAAGCACAACUUCCACAGCAGAGGCUUCCGUUCACAGUCCCCAUCAAGGCACAAGAUUCAAACUUUCCCAAUAGAACAACAGUGGCGGGUCAAACAGCAAGAAGGGUUUUCCAGAUUCUGUUCUACUUGUAUUUGUUCUUGGUUUCAGUCUUGGUGAUUUUCCUUGUCAUAUAUGGUCUGGUCUCUGACGCUCACACCCACCAUUUCCACCCUCAGAAAUGGUACCCCCCACUUCUAGCUUCAACAGCAUGUGCUGGAAUUGUUGGUUUCACAUGGCAACGCAUCACUGCACGCCACUCCACAAGGGUAGUCAGGUUAGCAUUUUGGCUGAGUCCCCUGCUAACAUGCGCAAUGGGAAUUAUGUUCAUAUGCAUUGGCACUGCCGUGAGUCUUGCAGUUGGUGUAAUUGCUUUGGUUUCUGCAUUGAUCCAAUCCCUCUAUGGUUGUUGGGCCAGUCCCAGAUUUGAAUAUGGCACCAGAAUCUUGUCAGUUUCAAUAGCCUUUCCUCCUAACAAAACCCAAGGGCUAACCCUUUAUUCAAUCCUCAUUGGCAUUCUUUACUGCUGUUUCCUUGUGGCUGGGAUUGGAGGAGCAAGAGCCAUUGAAAACAGAACCAAACUAUCACCCUUUUUCAUCUUCUUGAUCUUGCUGAGCCUAGGAUGGACUAUGCAGUUUCUGAAGAAUGCAAUGUAUGUCACUAUUUCAAGGGUCAAGUAUAUGGCUUUUUCAGGAGGAGUUGACAUGGACACUAGAAUUGCAUUUUGUGACACAAUCAAACACUUAACUGGAUGUGUUUCCAUAGGGUCCAUCUUGGUUCCCAUCAUCGUGCUCUUCCGGGGUUUUGCACGAGCCACGAGUCUGGUUGGAGGAGAUACAGAUGAGUUCAUGUUUUCCUGUGUGAGUUGCUAUACGGGGAUUGCAUCUCUUCUUGUGAUCCGUGGGAACCGAUGGGGUUUAGUGCACGUUGGAGUUUAUAACAAGGGGUUUGUGCAAGCAUCUUCUGAUACUUGGGAGAUGUUCAAUAGAGUUGGAUUGGUGGAACUCAUAGACUUGGAUCUCACUGGAGUAUUCUGUUUCCUUAGUGGGGUUGGCACUGGUGCAAUAUGUAGUCUAGUGGGUGGAAUUUGGAGUCUUGUAACGCACAAGAGCUAUGCCACAGAAGUGUCCAUUUAUGCUUUCCUCAUUGGCUAUUUCAUGUGUCGAUUGGCCAUAGCAUGGGCACAAGCUUGUGUUGCAGCUUACUAUGUUGCCUACGCAGAAAAUCCACAGAGCACUCAUUUUGACUCCACUAUUCCAGUACGCUUGGAGCAGCUUAACAGAUCUCAAGCUCUGCAAAUAUUUGGAGCUAAUAAUUUCAGCUGAGGCUAAAUACUGAAGUGUAACAGUAAACCAAGUUAGCUCAUUAAACCCCAAGAAUUGGAAGGGAAAUUUUGUAUUGUAUAGAAUGAUUUCAUUUGAUUGUAGUCUUGAAUUACGAAAGUCAUAACUGAUGGUUCUUUAUACA